UGUGUUAGCUUACUAUGCAUUCGUGUUGACGCAACAUUAAACUCGAAGAAAAGUUUAGUUUAUCCAUAAUGAUUCGCGUGCAGAUGGCAUUAAGCAGGGUUUUUUUCCGCGCUCGAUUGCCUGUCAGGCGAUGUAUCGCGAUCACACGCGCUCGUCGUCUGCAAAUUCAACCCACUUAUAUAUAAAGCGUGUUUAGAUUUGCUUUCCGCCACAACCGACGAGGUAGCAAUACGGGAAGUCGGUGGCAGUGUUACUGACGAUGUGGAAUGUUUUUAGCGAUGAGGGUAUGUGCCUUACUUGAGGAUUAUUGCUCUGACCUGGAUUGAACCUUAAGGUGCCUUGACAGAGAUCCAGGAUGGCUAAGGGUGGUGAUUUGGACACCCAUUUACUUCUAAGAGAAAACCCUGGAGACGGGGUGGACCAAUUGGAAAAGUAUGGGUCCAUCAUCAAGGAUAGAAUGGAGUCACUUAAACAAGAGAUUCUGGAAGCAGCUGAUGACGACAUGCAGCGGAUAGAACAGUGCAGGAGAACCCUUCUCCUCCAGGUACAGAGGAUGAUAGAAGAAUUUGACUACAAGCUUAGAGAGGUUGGGAUGGGGUAUGCCUCCAGGAAGGACGACCAGUCUCGCGAGAACUAUGCCGGAUGCUUCUCCGUCAUCGGACGCUAUGCAUCAGUUGAUAUGGAUGAUCCUGUCGCCUACUUUGAGGAACAUGUCACAGCGGUGCUAGAUCUCUUGAAAGAUAUCCAAUUCAACCGCGAGAAUGCGAACACAAAAUUGUCAAUUGGCCACAUUGUACAGCCCAAGAUUCUGCGACUGAUAGCAUCGAUCAAGUUACCAGAUUCCUCUGGUCACGCGAAGCGUAGUUUGACCUCACUACCGGACGGAAGUGUCGUCAUUGGUCACGAAUCCGGUGGUGUUGACAUCUUUCGCCUUGACCUUGGAAUUAAACGCUUGAUCAGUGGAGUGACUGUUCGUGACAUGACCGUCCGUCCUGACGGUAGUUUGGUGUUGCUGAGCUUUGACCGUCAGGUUCAUGUCUACAGCAAGACCGGUGAUGCCUUACAGGUUCUUAGCCCGCAGGAGACAUGCUUCAUGUUCUCUGUGACAGCGGACAAAGACGACAUGCUUUUCGUAGGCGAUUGCGAGUUAGAAAAGAUCUUUCUGUUUGAUCUCAAGAGCGAUGCUAAAACGGCUUCUAGAACAAUCCCAACUGGUAAUACCACUCCAUGGCAGCUUUACGUCCUAUCCACAGGUAAUCUGUUGGUUGCUGAUCCAUGUCCUCCGUAUGGACCUGCCAUCAAACUUAUGGACCAAUACGGAUCUAUCCUAACUGCAAUACACCAGGAAGACUGGUCAAGUGCCUGGUGUGCCGUCGAUCAGAAUGACAAUAUCUACGUCGUCUUUUCUAGGAAGGGUGUAGAGAAGUGCGUCUCAAUUGACGUGUACUCAUCAGAAGGGAAACUCUUUGAAAGCUUGACAAGAAAUUUAAAGAUCCCCAAAUUCCAGUGGCUCUCUGUAACAGUUCCAUGUCCUGGAUCUGUUGCCAUCUGCACGGAGACGUACCUGUUUGUUUAUACAUGGCAGUCACAAUUCCGUUGACUUGGCUCUCUUGAGUUGCCUUGUUCACCUAUGUUGAGCUCAUUUUUCCGGCCCAUGGACUAUAACUAUAAUGUGAUUUAAUAGAGGCGUGUAUUUUAAAGCUACUUACUUAUAAACGCUAAGGUGGAAAAUACAGUUAAACCUCGCGUUAGUCGACGUCGCUGCAUAAGUCAGAUUUCGUUUACAAAAUGGUAACGCAUCGUCCAAACACAUCCAUAGACAUACAGCUUUGGAGAAAAGUUGACAGUUAAUUAAAUUCAAUAGACUGACAAGGAAGGGUGCACAAAAUUCAUAAUCUUGAAAAGUCCAAAUUAAACCAACCAUACAUAUAUUAUGUCAGACUGAUUAGACAGAAGAAUGUAGAUUUUGCUAUAAUAUUAUUGUAAUGAACGGUUGCCUAUGCUUAUCGUUCUCUUUGUCGGCGAUAAAUUUGAUAAUCGGUUUAAUCUUUGAUGAUAUCCACAGAUAUACUGUACAUCUAAAUAAUACCUUUAAUGUAUUCCAAAUGUCUAAAAUACUUUCAACAUCUGUACAGCUUUUGCAAGUUUAUUUGUGUAAUACACUACCGCUAUUUUCGUUUAUAUGUUUAAGAAGGUUCUUUAAUGUUGCUUCACGUAUGGAUAACAACACUUUCGAAGGCGCAUUAGUAAGGAUUUGAACGCUGGAAGAUCCAGGUUAAUUGAAAUGUUAUUCGUUUGUCACCUACUCAUGUAUCUGCUUCGUGUAGUGAAUUCCCUAGAAAUAGAGCAUUAGAAAAAAAUUCUUAGAUAUGUUAUUCGUUUGUCACCUACUCAUUUAUCUACUUCGUGUAGUGAAUUCCCUAAAAAUAGAGCAUUAGAAGAAGAACAAAAUCUGAAAUAGAGCAUUGGAAAUAUCAAACUAAAUUGAUUUCUCUCUCUCUCUCUCUGCCUUUUUGCUCUGAAUGAAAUAUGUGUUUGAACUUUAAGGAAAACGUAAUUUCAAAAAGGGGAUUAAAUCUUGUUUCAGCAGCGAAUCGUUUAGAUGUAUUUGUUUAUAAGCGUUUUUUUGAAUGGCAAAGGUGCUUUCUAAAAGCUAAAAGGAGAUUCGGGUUUUAAGAAAAAUGAGGUUCACAAAGACCUUAAAGCAAGCUAAACAAACCUUUCAUAGUCUGUUCUUCAUCGAAUGAUUAUGUUUCAAAGGUCUAUAGUUUAGAGGAUUAUGUUAUGCUUCUCUUUUUUUUACACUGUCAGUUUCAAAAUGAUAUCGUUCCUUGCUUUAGACAUUUUCUAUAGAGAUGGCAUUUUUAUCUCGUGGUAAAAAUCGUUAAGUUUGUAAGCGCUUAGUGAUUCUAAUAAGCGCUAUAUAAAAACUGAGUAUUAUUAUUCUUAUUAUUACCGAGUCGACACUAUGAAAACGACAUGCGACCCGACCGAGAAAGUAUGGUUCUCAGCACACAACAUAACAAGACAAUUAUAUUAUGACUUAUACAUAGGAAGAAUUUUAAAUAGAAUUCUGAAUCACAUCAUGAAUAAAUUCAGGUAUGAAUAUAAAUGUGAAUAUGAAACUAGAAUAGGAGCAGCAUCACAAUCGAAAUACGAGCAGAGAGAGAAAGAGAACUCGAGCUUGAAGGACUGAUAAAAGACAGAAUUAUAGGGGGAGAUGGUAAAGGUCCAAAGGGAAAGGGGAGAUAUAGAGAAGGAGAGAUGGCUCAGGAUAACUAAGGAGAGAGGCUGAAGCUUUUGGUCUAGGGCACAGUGAUUAUGACGAUCACCCCAAAGCUGAAAUAUUUCGUUUUGGGGUAUACAGUUUAGUCUAUUGAAUUACAAACGGAAAAUUAAUGGAAAAGAAUGGACGAAAGACACAUUAUUUAGGAUGUUGUAUAGUGUUUGGUUAAGCUAGGAAAGCAAUAUUUUACUCUCUUGCGUAGAACUAAAUCAUAUAUUGUGUAUACCAGAUGUAAAGCAAUGUGUAUAUGUGUGUACAUUACCGUGUAACUCUGUAAUAACAAAUUAAAGAUUGGAUCUUGUAAAUCAGUAAGUGCUAUUUUAUGUUAAUUAAUUUAUAAACUGAACUUUGACAUUUCAAUGUAGAUACUAGUUGAUGUACAAAGAAUUUAAUUCUAUAAAUGUUGUUUAUUGAUUUACUACCGUAAAUAUUUUAUUUUUGAUAAUUUGUUUGAUAACUUGUUUUAACGCGGAUAAUAGAAGCUCUAAUUUAUUAGAAAGUGCAAUCUAUUUAAGCAGAUGAAAUAAUGGAUUUCUUUAGAAGCAUUCUUAGAUUAUGCAUCACUAUUCAUAGCUGUACUUAGCUUGAUCAUGAACAAAGGAAUAUAAUCUGCAAUCAAACUGACAGACAGUGUUAUUCUUCAAAAAUUAAUUUGAUGAACUCUUAGUCAAAGUUAUCAUUCUUGAAUGAAUUAAACAGCUACAAAA